AUGCGCAUCGCUACCUUCCCCUCUACAUGGAAACACGCAAUUAUAGUCCCGAUUCACAAACCAGGAAAGCCAGCCAAUUCUACUAGCUACAGGCCGAUCAGUCUACUACCAACACUAUCCAAACUGUACGAAAGGAUACUGUUGGAGAGGAUAAAACCCUACGUCUACGUUAUCCCGAAACACCAAUUUGGUUUCAAAACCAAACAUUUCACAUGUCACCAAAUCUAGCGCAUAUCUGAAAUAAUUGUACACGGAUUCGAAAAAAAGCAAUACACCACAGCAGCAUUCUUAGACCUAAAACAAGCCUUCGAUAAGGUCUUACACAGUGGGCUUGAACAAAAACUNCAGCAUUCUUAGACCUAACACAAGCCUUUGAUAAGGUCUGGCACAGUGGGCUUGAACAAAAACUAAAAACAUUAAAUCUCCCUGCAUACUUACUUAAAACUAUCACAUCCUUCAUAUCCAACAGAUCUUUCCAAGUGAGAGUAGAAACAGACUUCUCACAACUGCACCACAUCAAAGCUGGGGUCCCCCAAGGAUCAGUCUUGGGACCAACCCUAUUUAAUAUUUACUGCAACAACUACAACAUUCCAACUCCUCGGUUGAGAGUUAAUCGUUACAAACGCCUGCUGUGCUAUUAA